AUGGAGCGAACCGCGGCGUGGAUCGCGAUCUGGCUCUCCCUCGCCUCAACGCACUGCCUGGGCCUCACGCCCGCGAACUGCCGAGAGGUGCAAGAGGUAGAGGGUCGCUUGGCGGACUGCAACGAGACGGAGGUGGCGUUCGCGAGCUGCGGGAUGGGAGGCUUCGGCGAGGGAGGCACCGGCUGCAACGGAUCGGCCAGCAUCGUCCGGUGCUGCCAGGUGGAGGAAGGGAACCUGACGUCCGGGGGAUGUCAGGUGAAGACGACGUUCGCCGGUCUCGCCUCGUGCUACGAGGAGAAGCAGUUCGUGCAGGGCGCGUGCACAUCCCGGGGUGGAGGCUGCAGCGGAGCGGCGCAUUCGAUCAGGUGCUGCGACUACCACCUCGACGGGCGGAGGAUGUACCCGGAGGAGGCGUCCUCCCUGGGCUCCGUCGACGGAUUCUUUCCCAGCUGUCCAGACGGGAGGCUCCCGGUGGGUCGCUGCGCCUCGUCUGAUCGCUGCGCCGGCUGCCCCGUCGGGAACGGGCACUACUUCACCGCCCUGGAGUGCGCUCUCGUCGCCGUGAUGCGAGGCGUCGCGGCGUGGAUCGCGGUCGCGCUCACGUCCACGACCUGCCUGGGUCUCACGCCCACGAACUGCCGGGAGGUGCGAGAAGUGGAUGGACGCCCGGCCGACUGCAACGAGGACGAGGUGGUGGUCGCAACCUGCGGGUUUGGAGGCUUCGGUUCGUCUGGGACCGGCUGCAACGGCACGGCCAGCGUCGUCCGAUGCUGCCAGGUGGAGGAAGGGAACCUGACGUCCGGGGGAUGUCUAGUGAAGACGACGUUCGCCGGUCUCGCCUCGUGCUACGAGGAGAAGCAGUUCGUGCAGGGCGCGUGCACAUCCCUGUCUGGAGGGUGCAGCAUCGCGGCGCAUUCGGUCAAGUGCUGCAACUAUCACCUCGACGGGAAGAGGAUGUACCCGGAGGAGCCACUCACAAGUUGGUCCGUCGACGGAUUCUUCCCCAGCUGUAUGGAUGGGAGGCUCCCGGUGGGCCGCUGCACGUCGGCGGAUCGAUGCGCCGGGUGCACGGUCGAGUCCACCUACCAGUUCACCACUUUGGAGUGCGCCGUCGUGGCCGUAGUUCUGUUCAAGCAAGGCUCAAGAAAGGUUGAAUCUCUGAGAGCCCCGACACAGCCAGCUUCUCCUCAGACGCUCUUUACUCAUCGUACCUCGAAGUACCUUAUCAUCAUACCUUACCAUCGUACCUUAUCGUAUUUCCCUCUCUGCCUUGUGCUCCUCUCUCUUCCUCUCCCUUGCUUGGAGGGCCAGCCCAGUCGGCCCAGCCCAGUCGGCCCAGCCCAGUCGGCCCAGCCCAGUCGGCCCAGCCCAGUCUGGCUCCCCCAUGGUUUGGGGCUGCCCGUGGAUAUUGCCCUGCUACGACGUAGCUCGGCAAGUUUCUGA